AUGUGCCGUUCUAUUCUUGCUUUCUAUCUUUUCCUGUCUGCCGAGAUAUGGUGUAACUGCAUUGCAACCGCAGCAACUAGCCCCUUCGCUGUAUCCUGGUCGGACCAGACGUUUGGAUUCGACGGUCCGUGGCGCGCGGUAACAGUGGAGGUGGGAUCGCCAGGACAGGAGCUGUCAUUAUACCCCGGAGGCAGCUGGGGAGGCUCCGUCUUCCUAGAGUCGAUUUGCUCCAAUUCCACCCUCGCGCCCAUCUGCCACACCAGCAAGGAAGGGGGCUUGUUUGACGGCAGCAGGUCUGCCACAUUCGACAACGAAUCAAUACAAUUUGGCGCAGCAGGCGCAUUUCGUGUGGGGGAGGCCGAUGCUGUGCGACAAUACGGCACGGUCAGGUACGGAUUCGACUACUACGAUGUUGGUGGCAAAAGGAUACCGAACGUAUCGACUCGAUGGAUCACAGAUGCGUAUCGUGUUUAUCCUGGAGGGAAAGCUUACCCCGUCGACCUGGAGAUUCUCUCUCUAGGCGCAAGCGACAUCAACCAAACUUUCACUCAGGAUGACGACAAGCCCGCCAUCCAGACCACUUUCGUCCCGAGCUACAUGUUUGGCACCCUCAAAAUGCUUCCAUCUUACUCCUAUGGCAUGCGCAUGGGCUCGCAUGGACUUCUGGCCAAGGGGAACGCAUCAAUUGCCCCCGGCAUCACUGUGACCACGAGCCCCGCGGACCCUUACCUCUACCUGCCCCAAAGCACAUGUGCAGCGAUCGCUGCCGAGCUGCCGGUCAUGUAUCAACCCGACUACGGGCUUUACUUCUGGGACACCACGGACCGUCUAUAUAGCCAGAUCAUCACGUCACCAGCAUACCUCGGGUUUGUGUUCAGCAAGAACUCGCGCAACAACGCCAACUUGACCAUCAAGGUCCCAUUCUCGCUGCUGAGUCUGACGCUCAAAGCUCCUCUCCUGGAGAAUUCGACAUCCUACUUCCCUUGCAUGGGCACAACCGGCACCUAUGCGCUGGGCCGGGCCUUUGCACAAGCAGCAUUCAUUGGUGUCAACUGGGGACUUCCCGCGGGGAACUGGUUUCUAGCCCAGGCUCCCGGGCCCAAUAUCCCUGGCUCCGCAAGACCGACCGUCAUCAGACCCGGUGAUGCCACGAUUUCCGCGAACUUGAGCGAAUGGGAGAAUAGCUGGGAAGGACACUGGACGGAGCUACCUACUAUGCGCGGAAGCUCUGGGUCACCGGACGACGACGGCGGCGGCGGCGGUCUUUCCGACAUUGCCAAGGCCGGCAUUGGGCUGGGCGUGAGCCUGUCACUCACCCUGACGGCGCUGGCGGUAGUGGUACUAUUCCGACACGGGAGAUGCACUACACUACGUUCCCCUAAGCCCAUCGACGACGACGAGGGGCUUGUUGCUGUCGGCUUGCACCCGCGGGAUUCGCUGUCGGCAGGCGUCCCGCAGGCCCGACAGCUCGGGCACCCAAGGACUCUCGCAGAGUUCAAUGAUCAGCCCUCUGGGCAGGUGUAUGAGCUCCAGGGCCAGCGCCAUGGUAGUGUAUAUGAGCUUUCUUGA